AUGUGGGCCUAUCGCUUUGUGAAACACCUUCCAAAAGACCUAAAUUUACGCUCAGCCAAGCAAAGGACGAAAGAAUCUAAACGCAUACAGUUAGAAGAUGCUGGCUUUCUUGUUCACUGGUACCCUCAGCUUGAAAUUUUGCUACAAGAAAUCCCCGCGCAGCUAGUCUACAACUUUGAUGAGCGUGGUUUUCGUCCUGGUUGCAAGACAGACCACUCAGAAACCAUGUUCUGGCCGCAUGUGUGGUCGUGGGAGCUAGCGGUGCUGUGGUUUGUUUAG